AGAGUGUCCCCCUUCUCUCUUCCUUACUUAUCAGCCAACAUUUGAGACCAUUAGGCACUUGUGUGCUGAAUUAGCCAUUUCACUCUCACAUUUUCUUCUCUCACACACAAAAAAGAAAAAAAGAAAAAAAAAAGACACCCACAUAAUCAUCGGAAACCCAUCACAAACCCUAGAUCUUGAUCUUGUUUGUAACUUCACGCAUACAAUACAAAAACUACAUAAAAGAGAACUCCUUAUCUUCACGUAACUGUUCGUAUAUGUACCCUCACACACUCGCAAACACUGUCCCAUAUUCCGCGUAUCCCAUUUUCAGAUCUGAGCUUUUCAACCCCACCAUCCACCAUUUGGCGAUUUUUGGAAAUAUUCUGGUUCCAUUUCUUCAAAUUCAGCGAGCUUGUCCGAUCUGGUCGAUAAAAAUACAUAAAAAAAUAAAAGAUUAUCGGGAACCCAGUUCGAUUAUUGCAUUUUGUUUUUACUGAAUUUUGCUUGCUAUUUGUUUCGAAAUUUUGUUUAUUUUUGAAAUAUUGCAUAGGCUCUACGUCUUAUUUUGGCUGGAUUUGAUAUUUAAUUUUAUUGUAUUUACCUGUUAAACUUUGAAUUUAAGAUUUUCGCGUGCUUUAUCUGCUUAGAUCCAAGUAGUACACUGAGCAUACGAUAGAUGUUGCAGUAGUGUUGGUUCUCAUGGCAAUGCCAUCGGGAAAUGUGGUUCUAUCGGACAAAAUGCAGUUUCCGAGCGGUGGGAGUGUCGGUGUCGGUGGCGCUGGUGGCGGUGGAGGUGGGGGUGAGAUCCACCAGCACUACCACCGACAGUGGUUCCCGGAUGAGCGGGAUGGGUUUAUCUCGUGGCUGCGGGGCGAAUUUGCCGCUGCCAAUGCGAUAAUUGACUCUUUGUGUCACCAUAUGCGCACCGUGGGCGACCUGGGCGAGUACGAUAAUGUUAUAGGGUGUAUACAACAGAGGCGGUGUAAUUGGAACCCGGUGCUACAUAUGCAGCAGUACUUUUCGGUGGCUGAGGUUAUAUAUGCGUUGCAACAGGUAGCGUGGAGGAGGCAGCAGCGGCAUUCUGAGACUUUGAAAGCCGGGGGUAAGGACUUUAAGAGAUCUGCUGUGGGGAUUAAGCCAGUGCAGAGGAUUGAGGCUGAGAAGGAAUGGCAUAAUUCUAGUUCAGAAUCUCAUGGCCAUGAUUGUAAUUCAUUGAGUGGUGUGGUGGGUUCUGAGAAAGGCAAUGGGGGGUUUGAGACAGUUGAGGUUGGGAAGUUGGAUGAUGAGUAUUCAUCACUUGGAGAGGAGAGAAAAGAUUCUGGCACAAAGCCUCUAAAAAAUAGCAGUCUGAAGAGUUCAGGAAGUUUGGAAGGAAUUGCUUGUGGCAACUUAGACUCCGAAGCCAAGGUGUUAGAAGAUGUAUGCACGUCUAGUUCCAAAGAGAAUCAAUUGCAACCGGAACAAAAUCAGAAUGAGAAGCAGAAUCUUGCUACCGUUCCUAAAACUUUUGUUGGCACUGAAAUGUUCGAAGGGAAGAUGGUUAACGUGGUUGACGGGCUGAAAAACUAUGAAGAAUUAUUUGAUGACUUGGAAGUUCAAAAGCUUGUUUCAUUGGUAAAUGAUUUGAGGGCCUCAGGAAAAAGAGGAAAAUUUCAAGCAGGUCAGACGUAUGUGGUCUCAAAGAGGCCUAUGAAAGGACAUGGAAGAGAGAUGAUUCAGCUAGGUCUUCCUAUUGCAGAUGCGCCUCCCGAAGAGGAUAAUGCAGUUGGAACCUCCAAAGAUCGGAAAAUAGAAUCCAUCCCUUCCUUGCUACAAGAUGUUAUUGAACGCAUUUUAGCCUUGCAAAUUUUGACUUCGAAGCCAGACUCUUGCAUUAUUGAUUUCUAUAAUGAGGGUGAUCACUCACAGCCACACACGUUCCCUUCCUGGUUUGGGAGGCCUGUUUGCAUCCUUUUUUUGACACACUGUGAAAUGACUUUUGGAAGGUUAAUUAAAAUAGAUCAUCCUGGGGAUUUUAGAGGAUCGCUCAAGCUUUCUCUUGCACCUGGGUCUCUCCUAGUAAUGCAAGGGAAAUCUACAGAUUUUGCACGGCAUGCGAUUCCCUCCCUCCGCAAACAAAGAAUACUAGUUACUUUCACAAAGUCUCAACCAAAGAAAUCCACACCUAAUGAUGGUCAACGUUUUCCUUCACCUGUGGUAGCGCCAUCAUCCCAUUGGGGUCCCCCACCCAGUAGAUCUCCCAAUCAUAUUCGCCACCAUAUGGCACCAAAGAACUAUGUUGCCGUUCCAACUACUGGUGUGCUGCCAGCCCCACCCAUUCGUCCACCAAAUAGCAUCCCGCCAGUUUUUGUGCCCACUCCACCAGCCAUUCCUUUCCCUGCACCAGUUCCCAUGCCACCUGGUUCAACUGGAUGGCCAGCUGCACCACCAAGGCAUCCUCCACCUUGCUUCUCUGUUCCUGGCACUGGUGUUUUCCUUCCUCCACCCGGCUCUGGUAAUUCUUCAUCUCCUCAACUGUUACAAGGUACUGCAGGUGAGGUGAACAUUUCUGCCGAGACGGCUUCCCUGUCUGAAAAAGAAAAUGGUUCAGGGAAAUCUAACGACAGUGCAAGUCCUUUCCCUAAAGGAAAAUCAGAAGGGAAAACACAAAGGCAAGACUGUAAUGGAAGUGUUGAUGGAACUGGCAGUGGACGAGCAAUGGUGAAGGAAGAACAGCAGACUGUUGACAAUGCGGUGGCAAGCCAGCCAGCCGGAGCAGUUUAGAGAGAGAGAGAGAGAGAGAGAGAGAGAGUUCCUACUGAGGAAAAGGGGUAGGUUGCCAACUUCAAUGAGUUUGAAGCAAAUGUAAAGAGCGGCAACAUUCACAUGGCAUACUAAUGAGAGAGGUACUAAGGGAGGAAGAACUCGUCAGUUCUCUUUGGAAUCCCUUGCCCUCUAACCCUUUUUUGUUGUCUCAUUACAUGAACUUUUACAGUAGUUGGAAAACUUGGUUUUUUUUCUUUUUUUAAA